CCAAUCCCCCCCCCGUCCCCGCGGGCUCCGGCUGCUCUGGCGGCGGCUGCUGCUCUCGUCCCCGGGCAGCGCCAAGGACCCCCCCGAGCUGCGCCAGCCCCUCUGCAGCGCUCGUCCCCCGCGGCGGCCAGCACGUCCCAGUGCCAUGGGGAAGCAGAACAGCAAACUGCGCCCCGAGAUGCUCCAGGACCUGCGGGAAAACACCGAGUUCUCUGACCUGGAGCUGCAGGGCUGGUACAAGGGCUUCCUAAAGGACUGUCCCUCUGGCAUCCUCAACGUGGAGGAGUUCAAGAAGAUCUACGCCAACUUCUUCCCCUAUGGCGAUGCCUCCAAGUUUGCCGAGCACGUCUUCCGCACCUUCGACACCAACGGCGACGGCACCAUCGACUUCCGAGAGUUCAUCAUCGCUCUGAGCGUCACCUCCCGUGGGAAACUGGAGCAGAAGCUCAUGUGGGCCUUCAGCAUGUACGACCUGGACGGCAACGGCUACAUCAGCCGGGAGGAGAUGCUGGAGAUCGUGCAGGCUAUCUACAAAAUGGUCUCCUCAGUGAUGAACAUGCCCGAAGAUGAAUCAACUCCGGAGAAGAGAACUGAAAAAAUCUUCCGACAGAUGGAUACCGAUAAUGACGGCAAGCUCUCGCUGGAGGAGUUCAUCAAAGGUGCCAAGAGCGACCCGUCCAUCGUGCGCCUGCUGCAGUGCGACCCCAGCGGCGCCACGCAGCUCUGAGCCCCUCGGACCCCGCGUCCCUACCACCCCACGCCACCCCCCAACCCUGCAGCCAGUCACUGCCACCGUCCCUUUCCCCACGGUCCCCACGGCCACGUCCUCACAGCCCCUCACAGGGAGAGAUUCGGAGCCCGGCUGAGGAGCGUGGGGGGACAGCCCCAUGGCCGGGGGAACACUGGAGGCAGGGUCUGCCCCGAACAAAGAAGGUGACCCCAGCACUGGAGGCUCGGAGCAGGGGAAGAACCCAUCGCGGUGGGACAGGCUGGCAGCGAAGCCCAUCUCCAGCGGGCACGGGGACAUGGCCCAAGAGACCGGGUGGCUCAGGGACGCCCCAGCACCCCCCCACCUGCACACAGGGCCAUGGGGCCAGCCCCCCCCCAGCCCCACGGCCGGAGCACAGGGAGAGGACGCGCCUCUGCUCUUUUAAUACCUGCAGAAUAAAAUUUGUGUCAGUGUC